GCCCAGUGCUUGCUUUUAUCACAUGCUGGGACAAGGAUCACGUGAAGAGGCGGGGAGUCAGCCCUGCAGAGCCUGGUGGUAUUGUGGUUUGCUGGUGGGAUCCUGGGAGCCUCUGCCCCUGAUGGCAUUUGUAAGCCAGCAUCAGAUCCAGAAGUUCCAUGAGGAUGGCUUCCUUGUCCUAGAGCAUUUCUUUACCACAGAGGAGUGUGACAGCAUGAGGAACCAGAUUCAGAGAAUCAUAGCGGAGAUGGAAGUGCCACCACACUGCCGCACUGAGUUCUCCACCAAGGAAAAGGAGCAGCUCCAGGCACAGGGUAGCUCGGAUUAUUUCCUAACCAGUGGAGACAAGAUUAGAUUCUUCUUUGAGAAAGGUGUUUUGGAUGAGAAAGGUAACUUUCUGAUUCCAAAGGAGAAAUCUGUCAGCAAGAUUGGCCAUGCUUUACAUGCUUAUGAUCCUGUCUUCAAGCAAGUCACCCACUCCUCCAAGGUGCAGGAAUUGGGAAGAAAAUUAGGCCUUGAGAGACCAGUAGUUGUGCAAAGCAUGUAUAUCUUCAAGCAACCUGGCAUUGGUGGUGAAGUGACACCACACCAGGAUGCCACCUUCCUGUACACAGAGCCCCUGGGCAGGAUCCUGGGGUUCUGGAUCGCCCUGGAGGAUGCCACGCAGGAGAAUGGAUGCUUGUGGUUCAUUCCUGGCUCUCACACCAGAGGAAUUACCCGGAGAAUGGUCCGUGCAGCUUCAGGUAGCUCAACGUGUGUAGAGUUUGUAGGUUCAGAUCCAGCCUAUGAUGACAACCAGUUCACACCUCUGCCUAUAAGUAAAGGAGGACUCAUUCUCAUCCACGGUGAAGUUGUCCAUAAGAGUGAACCGAACAGCUCAGAGUCUUCUCGCCACGCAUUCACCUUCCAUGUGAUGGAAGCCAAAGACACCAGCUGGAGCAAAGAGAACUGGCUCCAGCCGACUCCUGAACUGCCUUUUCCAUCGCUCUACACUUGAAGCUAGUGAUUGGCUUUUGGAGACAAUAGCUGAUCAAUAUUCCUUUCUGAUCAUUCGUUCCUUUUAAAUACACCUUUCACUAGGUCAGCUCUUGAGAUUAAUUUAUCCUCUUCUCAGAACAAGGAACCAUGACAUGGCCAAAUACCCCUGCAUUAGACAAGUUUCUACUGCAGUAUGAGCCCUAUUAGUAUAAGCAUAGGCACCCAGUUCUUUUGGUAAGGAAACCUCUUCAGUGUUGAGAAUAGACCAUUAAAGACCACUGCACCUUGACUGGGACCAGUUAAGUAUUUCUUCUUGCAGACACUCUGUAUUCCUUUCUGUUGAGGUCAAGAGCUUGUCUAGUGCAAUUCUUUGCUGUGUCAAUCCCAGCAAUGCAGGUGAACGUGUCAUGUGAAGACGGCUGAUUUUUAUCCUUAGGUCUUUGUCCUAUUGUUUGAAUAACAGUGAUUAAAAAUAAUCCUAUUGUGGGCAAAAUGAAAUAAGAAGUCUGCUUCUAUAAUCAAUCUUCUAAGUAUUCCUAGUAAACUGUAGCUGAGUGUUGGAUCUCUGGGUGUGUUGAUUAAAAACCCUACAGUUCUUAAAAGAAUCAUGUUGAAAUUAUGUGUUAUUAACCAAAACCAACUCUG